AUGUGUGCCGCACAUGUCAAGGACUUCGAACAGCGGGCCCGCCUAAUGGGUGGCUUGUAUCUUAUAUUCUUCCAUCUCCAAAAGUUUCUUGGAAAAUCAAAUCCAACGGACAUAGGGGAUCUAUCGUGGACUAUUUUGAGGUCAAAUGAAAAGGAUGGGCAUGAUCUUCACACAUCCUCCUAUAUUGAAGCAAUGACUAACCGCAAGCUUGAGAAUGCACGUGCUGUACUGCGCGAUUGUUAUGGUCGCAUUGUCCAGCCAGUUACCAAGACGAACCUUAUCAAAGAUAUUGUUUUCAGUAAAGAAUCGAAGCUGCCCUAUCAGAACUAUCGAGGUUUCUAUACCAUGAUCUUGGACAGAGGGAAGAGACCAAUAUCCGUGGCCACAUUCAGGGUCCACGGUGACAAGGUAGCAGAAGUGCCUCUAUUGGGUACACGUGUUACGUCGCGCCAACGAGGAAUGGCACGCCUUCUCAUGAACAAUUUACAAAAGAGGAUUCAAUAUCCUUCAUGGUUCCUUCAGAUGCCUGCUCAUGUGGGCAAUGUCUGA